UUCUUCUGCAGCGUAAAUCUUCUUCUUCCUCAAAAUAUCUUUUGCUCUGGUUUCUUCUAAAUAUCGAAUUUUCACAGGUUCUUACACACAGAAAUUAAAGAAGAAGAAGAAUGGAUUCAGAUGGAAAUAUGCAGAUCAUAAUAUCAUCACCAGACCUACAAAUCCCAUCUCGAUCCAUUAUCAUGAACCCUAACCAAACAAUCCAACAUCUCAAACAAAAAUUCCUCCCAAAAACGAUCCCAUCACAAACCCUAGAUUCUCUGUACUUUACUUACCAUGGAAAACCCCUUACAGACACCUCAACAAUAUCCUCAAAUUGCAACCUAAACUCACCAAUUUCUAACCUAACUCUUCGAAUUAGGGUUUGUGGCGGUGGUGGUGAUGGAGGAGCAACUGGUGCUGAAUCAAGAGAUUGUUAUCUUAAUAUGUACGCAGUUAAGAAACCAGAUAAAGUUGAUCCAAAUGAAACAAGAUUAUCUAAAUGGACAACUUGUGCUUUAUCAUUUGAGCCAUUGAAACCUCCUUGUGUGAUUGAUCAGAAUGGGAAUGUGUUCAAUAAAGAAUCACUGGUUGAGGCAUUGUUAGGGAAGAAAUUGCCUAAAGGGUUUGGGCAUAUUAAGGGUUUGAAAGAUAUGAUUCCAAUUCAUCUUUCUCAGAUUCCGAAGAAGAAGAAUGAUACCGAUGAUGUUGAUAACAUUAGUUUCGAUACGAAGUUUCAGUGUCCAGUUGCUGGUGUGGAGUUAAAUGGUAAGUAUAAGUUUUUUGCUUUGAGGAGUUGUGGUCAUGUUUUGAGUGCAAAAGCAUUGAAAGAAGUUAAAUCGUCGUCUACUUGUAUUGUUUGUCAUAAAGAGUAUACGGAAUUUGAUAAAAUUGUGAUUAAUGGGAGUGAGGAAGAAGUAGCUGAAUUGAAAGAAAGGAUGGAAUUGGAGAAGGCGAAGUUAAGAGAAAAGGUAAAGGAGAAGAAGAAGAUGAAGGUGAAGAGUAAUGUGGGGUUAAAGGAGGAGGAGGAGAUGAAUAAUGUGAGUUCGGAGUCUUCAAAAUUGAGUGGGAUGAAACAUGGGAUUGAGGAGAAGGAUGUGGAGUUGGUUAAAAAUGUAGGGAAUGGAAAGAUCGGUGGUAACAAGGCAGGGUCUUCUCUUGUUAAAGAGGAGAGUAAUGGCGUGCCUAAGAAAAAGUUUAAAGCAACUGAUAUAGCUCCACCCAAUGCUACAAAGGUUUACGCUUCGAUUUUCACUUCGUCAAGGAAAUCAGACUUCAAGGAAACUUAUAGUUGCAGAUCUCUUCCACUUGGUAGAAAUUGAUUCUGUUGGCAAUCGGCACAAUCAUAAGUGCAUUGUACCCAACAAAACAACAUGAAUGCAGAUGUGCAUUGUAGUCGCAAUGAUGCUACCCACAUGAAUGCACCCAACAAAACAACACAACACAAUCAUGUAACACCUCUUCGAUUUCGAAGUAGACUUCAUCCUUACUUUUAUUGUGGUUUCUAUGGUAAUUUGCAAGCUAUGGAUUACAACUUUGUGCAAUUGUGUCAGCUUUCUAUUGGGUUCUGAAUAUGAUACUUGUCUUAUUAUAAACUUACUUGAACUUGUGCUUGGGGUAAUGUAUUUCAUUGUUCGUCUUAUGUUAUUGAUAUGUCUGUAUUGGAUUUACUAAACUGCAU